CGCGUACCCCUAGGCUCUCAAUGCAUAUGCCUCGUUCCAGAGCAUAGUUUUGGCAAGUCGGUACCUGAUUCUUGCUGUUAUGAUCGCUGGUGUUUGCCAUCCAAGGAGCAGUGAUGGACGCCUUGGCUCUAUCGGAGGCCAAUGUCCCUAGGUCGGAGCCCGCAGCCAGCGACAAUGGCGUCGAGGAGAACUCCCCUCGCCAUGGCGAAAACAAGUUCCAGAAAGCAAUAGCAGCAUGGCGGAACAUCGAUCUCUCGUCGUUGAUGCCCCAACUCGAUUCCACUGCCUCAGAGAUUGUCGCUCAGCAAAGAGAUGCAUUGCUCGAACGGAAAGAACUGGCUCAAAAGACGAAGGACUUCCGGAAGCUGGAAGAUUCUGCAAAACUGACAGAGUACAAGUCUUUAUUGAAAUCCUACCAGACCUUCAUUGACCUGAUCACCGGCCACGGCAAGACAUCCUCCUCCGCAUUCCUCCAACUAUAUCAGCCUCUGUCCGAAGCGCCCGAUCCUUUCCCUCUGUUGGAGGCCUCGGUCGACUCCCUGGUCGCCUCUGAAGACACCGUCCCUCGACUCACCGCCGAGAAUCAACAACUGUUAGCUAGAGUCAAUAAACUAAGCAUACAGCUAGAAGAAACCGAGAAGAAACUACAAGAUGAGAGCAACGCAAGGCGAGAUGCAGAAGCUGGCUCGGGAUCUCGGAUACAGGAGAUUGAAGCGAAAUGGGAGAAAGUCCUGGAAGAGAAGCAGAAUAACUGGGGUGCAAAAGAGCGAGCGCUCGAGGACAAAGUUGAGAACCAAGAGAGACUGCUGAAAGAACUGAAAGCGAAUUAUGAGGUUUCUCAGAGGCUGCAAGAUGGGUCAGCUGAACUGGCAUCGUCCAAGGCUGCUUCUGCUGAACUGGAAAUGAUACACUCAGAGCUCGAGAAGACGAGUGCUCGUCUUGCAGAGGUCGAAGCCAGAAAUGAGCAACUGCGAAUGGAUCUUGCCCGCGCGACAUCGCAAGACAAAGCGAAUUAUGACAUUGAGGACGAUCCAGCGUUCUUGCGGCUUCAGUCCGAGAACUCUUCGCUCCUUCGAAAAAUCGAGUCUGUACGGUUUGAGAGAGAAGCCGAGAAACGAAACUGGGAGGAUAAGCUCCGUCAAGCAGAAAGGCAACGAUCACAAUUGUCCAGCGAAAACGACGAACUGCGAACGAAGAUCGGUAAAUGGUCCGACUACGAGGACCUCAAGCGCGAACUUGGUACACUCCGGUCAAUCGAGUUGUCGGUUGAAGACGACGAUGACGCUGAUGAAGCUGGCGUGAACGGGUCGGCGGACUCUGGCGGCAAGCAAUCUCUAGAACGGCUGCUACUGGCACGCAACAAGAAAUUGAGCAAUGAGCUGACUCUACUUCGAGUGUCGCAUCAAGACCUGCAGCGUCAACUCGAGGAUCUUCAAGAAGAACUCUCCCAAACCAACGCCGAGCUAGAAAAGUCUCAGAAACUCUCUUCGACGUUAGAAAACGACCUGCUGCGGAUGCAAGAGGAGGCUUCGAAUGUGCUCCCGUCAUCUGGAAUGUCUGUGGCUGGCACCUAUGUGUCUCGCCAUCCAACAGGCUCUUUACGCAGAGGAAGGGCAUCACCGACGUCGUCAAUAAUUUCAGGUUAUGAAAUGCAACCUCGGACAAAUACCCUGGAGUCACUGCGAGCAGGAGAACCAGUUGGUGGAGGUUCGGGUAUAUUGCCCAUGAUUCAAGCCCAGCGAGACCGAUUUAAGCAAAAGAAUCAGCAGCUGGAGGAAGAGCUCUCGAAAACAUAUGCCACUGUCACUUCACUACGACAAGAGGUUGCAUCUCUGCAAAGGGAUAAUCUCAAUCUGUACGAAAAGUCAAGGUACGUGUCAGCGUACAGUCGCGGACCAACCACGACAUCCUCAUCCUCAUAUGGUGCAACACCUGGCCAUACGUCUGUACAAAUCUCAGAUGAUACAACAACAGAUCGGUGGAAGUCGCAAUAUGAGGCAAAUAUUUCACCUUUUGCGGCUUUUAGAGGCCGAGAAACUGCUCGUGCUUACAAGCGCAUGAGUCUUCCCGAGCGUGUCAUAUUCUCCCUGACCAGAAUCGUACUUGCUACAAGGGCAUCACGCAAUCUGUUCGCGGCGUACUGUCUGGCACUCCACGUAUUGGUUUUCCUAAUGUUAUAUUGGAUGGGCACGGCAGAUGUCGACCGUGCUGCUGUUCACUUAGGAGGAGCUGCAGCAGUAGUUGGUGGCGCAGGAAACAGCGCUCCUGACUCCCCUGGCGCAGAAUGGCGUCAGGAGGAGUUUGGAUGA